CAGAACCAGUACAACCAUGGUCGACGGCGAAAUUGAAAUCCUUCGCGGUUACGAGCUCCGUCUCCUCCGGUGCACCGUCUCUUCAACACAAUCAGAUCCUCCUCUCGAAUCCCAGUCCGGAGUUCAUCCACACGACUCUCUUAUAAGGUCCCUUUUGUCUUCAAUCGAGGCUGGAGACUAUCUUGGAGCCCUAGCCUCCGACGCUACUAGGCUAAUAAUCGGAGAUUCCGAGUUUGAACUAGUUGAUACGGUUGAUUCCGCUGAGCGAGUUUACUCCGAGCUUCUCGACAAGGUCGAAUCGUUCGUGGUGAACGAUUCGUCAGAUGAAAUCGACAAGGCUCGCCGUGCUAUUCUGGUGAUGUGCUUAGCAAUCGCGGCUGCUUUUUGGUUCACUCGGUGCAAUUUGACCGGGUCGACAGAAGGAUCAACAAAAUGUUCGUUACCGUUUAUAGUAUCAGAAAGUAAAGAAGUAGUUGAAUGGGAGAACUGGGCUAAGAUUCAGCUCAUGUCUGUUGGUUCUGACUUGCUCGGGAAGUUUUCUAAUCUCCAGCAUUUAGUUUUUGGUAGAAUGCUGCUGUUAAAGUUGAAAGAUUUGUUGUUUGAGACAACUGCAACUGAAGCCUUUGAGUUAAGGAGUAUUUCAUGGUGGCUUGUCAGAGUUUUACUUAUCCAUCAAAAAAUUCUACACGAGCGAUCUUCAUCUUUGUUUGAGAUGUUGCAAGUUUACAUGGCCGAAGCUCUAGACCAUUUUGGAGCAUUGGAAAAAGUAAAAAGCUAUUGGGUUGCCAAGUUGCUAGAAGACGAAGCUUCAUCCAUCGCGUCAACCAUCCAUCUGGAAGCAUGUGUACUGCAAUAUAUAUAUGGAAGGAUUGAUCCUUCUCGGUUGCAGCUUGAAUCUGCUAAAGCAGCAGCAGGGCUAGAGUUCUCUGUUACCGGGGCUCUGGGAUUUCGUACUAUUCACCAAGUAGAUCCAAAGGCUCAGAUGGUAUUGGUAGCCAAUACUAGCUCAUCCAAUGGGGAUGUGAGGUUGGCCUCUGAGAAAGCUGAUGUUGGACCUUAUGAAGCUUGGUUAGGUGAAGCACCUGAAGUAUAUAUGACUCCCAAACUAGUGAACAACGAGAAGGAAGCUGGGAAAGAUUCUGUGUCCUUAAAACCAGUUGAACAGGCACUGAUUUUGGCCCAGUGCCUUCUAAUUGAAAGGGGUAGUCGGCACGAUGAGAUGCAAAGAUGGGAUAUGGCUCCAUAUAUUGAGGCAAUUGAUUCUCAAAAGUCAACACAUUUUGUUGUUGGAGCUAUUAACAAGAGCGAUCCUGGAGUAUCAAACCGGAUCCCUUUAUGCUACGCAGUCCAUCUUCCUACUAUUCCUGCUUUGAGAAAGGAAUAUGGUGAGCUUCUGGUGAGUUGUGGUUUGGUUGGGGAAGCGAUCACAAUAUUUGAGAGCCUGGAAUUGUGGGACAAUCUAAUCUACUGCUACUGCCUUCUGGGAAAGAAAUCAGCCGCUGUAGAUCUCAUCAAUGCACGGCUUCUUGAACGGCCAAAUGACCCAAGAUUAUGGUGUUCACUGGGUGAUGUUACCAUUAAUGAUUCCUGUUAUGAAAAAGCCCUGGAAGUUUCAAAUGAUAAGUCAGUUCGUGCUAAGCGGGCUCUUGCUCGCAGCGCAUACAAUCGUGGUGAUUUUGAGAAGUCGAAGAUGCUGUGGGAGGCUGCAAUGGCCUUAAAUUCUCUGUACCCAGAUGGUUGGUUUGCUCUUGGUGCUGCUGCAUUGAAGGCCAGGGAUGUUCAGAAAGCACUGGAUGCAUUCACUUUUGCUGUUCAACUUGAUCCCGACAAUGGGGAGGCUUGGAACAACAUUGCUUGUCUGCAUAUGAUAAAGAAAAAGAGCAAAGAAUCAUUUAUUGCGUUCAAAGAAGCACUUAAAUUCAAGCGAGAUAGCUGGCAGAUGUGGGAGAAUUUCAGUCAUGUGGCUAUGGAUGUGGGAAAUAUUGAUCAGGCCUUUGAAGCUAUACAACAGAUACUGAAAAUGAGCAAAAACAAGAGGAUUGAUGUUGUUUUAUUGGACCGUAUAAUGACAGAGUUAGAAAAUAGGAAUUCAGCAUGUAAGUCAUCUUCAUCGAUUGAAACCGAAGCUUCUUCAGAUGAAUCAACAGAAACAAAACCAUGUACUGCAACACCAGCUGAAACUCAACGCCACCUAGAGUUGCUUGGGAAAAUUAUUCAGCAGAUUGUCAAAACAGAGAGUACAUCUGAAAUCUGGGGAUUAUAUGCAAGAUGGAGUAGAAUCAAAGGAGAUCUUAUGGUAUGCAGUGAGGCACUGCUAAAGCAAGUGCGAUCAUAUCAGGGAUCAGAAGUGUGGAAAGACAAAGAGCGUUUCAAGAAUUUUGCAAGAGCAUCAUUGGAACUUUGUAGAGUGUACAUGGAAAUCUCAGUGUCCACAGGAAGCAAACGAGAACUGUUUAGUGCUGAGAUGCAUUUGAAGAACACAAUCAAACAAGCUACAGUGAGCUUCUUGGACACUGAAGAAUUGAAGGAACUUGAAAGUUGCCUUGAGGAGAUUGCAGACACAGAUGAUAACUUAAUGGUUCUUUUGAGGAGAUUUGGAUUAUCGCAACAUCUCCCUCUCAAACGAUCUUUCGCUUACUCUUCCGGAUCGAAAUUGCAGGUUACCAUGGCGACGGCCGAGGUUGAAAAUCUUGUAAAAACUUCGACCGAGGAGACAGAUAAGGAGGAAGAGAGGAAAUAUGAUAAAAAGGAGGAGGAGGUUUCGCUUCCUCCGCCCCCAGAGAAACCAGAGCCUGGCUAAUGUUGCGGCAACGACUGCUUCCGAUGCGAUUGGGAUGUCUAUUAUGAGAAGCUCGAAGAAUGCAAUAACAAGCUUUCUAAAGAAAUUAAAUCCAUUUUAGUGAAUGGCUUAUUUUUUUCUCGCAUUGUUACUGGAAAAACUAAACAAUUGUCUUUAAUGCUGUGCUUUGUUGAACAAACGUUUUGGAUCCCUCUAUGAACUUGAGAGCUGAUUGACUUGUGAACAGAAGAAAGUAGUGAUUAUUAUAAUUAAAUGAUAUCAUUCAAA